GAUGAUGACAGAAGUUUUCGGUUUAAUGUGGCUACUUUUAUCAUGCAAUCAUCCUGCUAAUAACCUCUGUAGUGCUCUGACCGCAGUCGGGACUCAUGACUCUAAUCUGCCUGGCGUUUUAAUGAAAUAACCUCAUAGAGACUGUGGCAGACUGCAGUGCCAUCUGGAAACUUUUGCUUUGCUGGAAGACCGACCCUUUGGCUCUUAUUUGAUCGGGGAGCAGAGCAGGAUAGAGCCCGCUGGGCUGACCGAGGUGCCGCUAUGGGAAACCGGGGAAUGGAAGACCUGAUUCCCCUCAUCAACAAGCUCCAGGACGCCUUCAGCUCCAUCGGCCAGACAUGCAACUUGGACCUGCCGCAGAUAGCGGUUGUCGGCGGCCAGAGCGCAGGGAAGAGCUCCGUGCUGGAGAAUUUCGUCGGGAGGGAUUUUUUGCCCAGAGGAUCUGGCAUCGUCACUCGUCGUCCUCUCAUUCUCCAGCUGGUUAACAAUAAAGCAGAGUAUGCAGAGUUCCUCCACUGUAAGGGACGUAAGUUUGUGGACUUUGACGAGGUCCGUAUGGAGAUUGAAGCAGAGACUGACCGGAUCACAGGAUCCAACAAGGGCAUCUCCCCCAUCCCCAUCAACCUCCGUGUCUACUCCCCCAACGUGCUGAACCUGACCCUGAUCGACCUGCCAGGGAUGACUAAAGUUGCUGUGGGAGACCAGCCUCCAGACAUCGAGCACCAGAUCAGGGACAUGCUGUUGCAGUUCAUCACCAAGGAGAGCUGUCUGAUCCUGGCCGUCACCCCGGCUAACACAGACUUGGCCAACUCUGACGCCCUCAAGAUUGCCAAGGAGGUGGACCCUCAGGGUCUUCGGACAAUUGGUGUGAUCACCAAGCUGGACCUGAUGGAUGAGGGGACAGAUGCACGAGACAUCCUUGAAAAUAAACUACUGCCGCUCCGCAGAGGUUACAUUGGGGUGGUGAACCGCAGUCAAAAGGACAUUGAUGGAAAGAAAGACAUCCGUGCCGCUUUGGCUGCUGAGAGGAAGUUCUUCCUGUCGCACCCUGCAUACAGACACAUUGCAGAACGCAUGGGCACACCACUGCUGCAGAAGACCCUCAAUCAGCAACUGACCAACCACAUCCGUGACACGUUGCCCGGGUUACGCAGUAAACUGCAAAGCCAGCUGUUAUCACUGGAGAAAGAGGUUGAGGAGUACAAGAACUUCCGCCCUGACGACCCCACACGCAAGACCAAGGCCUUACUCCAGAUGGUGCAGCAAUUUGGGGUGGACUUUGAGAAGUGCAUCGAGGGGUCUGGGGAUCAGGUGGACACCUCCAACUUGUCAGGUGGAGCAAAGAUCAAUCGCAUCUUCCAUGAGCGCUUUCCCUUCGAGCUGGUGAAGAUGGAGUUUGAUGAAAAGGAGCUGAGGAAAGAGAUCAGUUACGCCAUCAAGAACAUCCACGGAGUCAGGACAGGCCUGUUCACCCCAGACCUGGCGUUUGAGGCCAUAGUGAAAAAGCAGAUCAUUAAGCUGAAAGAGCCCUGUCUGAAAUGCAUCGACCUGGUCAUCCAGGAGCUCAUCAACACAGUCAGACAGUGCACUAAUAAGCUGGGAUCGUACCCUCGGCUGAGAGAAGAGACUGAGAGGAUCGUCACCACCUACGUCAGAGAGAGAGACAGCAAGACCAAAGACCAGGUGCUGCUGUUGAUUGACAUUGAGCUCUCCUACAUCAACACUAACCAUGAGGACUUCAUUGGAUUUGCCAAUGCUCAGCAGAGAACCGCUGCCAACGCCAACAAGAAGAGAGUCAUGCCCAAUCAGGUGAUCCGCAGAGGCUGGCUCACGAUUAACAUCAGUAUCAUGAAGGGAGGAUCCAAGGACUACUGGUUUGUCCUGACUGCUGAAUCUCUCUCCUGGUACAAAGAUGAGGAGGAGAAAGAGAAGAAGUACAUGCUGCCUCUCGACAACCUGAAGCUGAGAGACGUGGAGAAGGGCUUCAUGUCCAGCAAGCAUGUCUUUGCCAUCUUCAACACUGAACAAAGGAAUGUGUACAAAGACCUGCGUCAGAUUGAACUGGCAUGUGACACUCAGGAGGAUGUAGACAGCUGGAAAGCUUCGUUCCUCAGAGCUGGUGUUUACCCAGAGAAAGACCAGCCUGAAAAUGAAGAUGCCAUGAAUCCUAGCGACACCGUGUCCAUGGACCCGCAGCUUGAACGGCAGGUGGAGACCAUCCGCAACCUCGUGGACUCAUACAUCGGCAUAGUCAACAAGUCCAUCAGAGACCUCAUGCCCAAAACCAUCAUGCACCUCAUGAUCAACAGUGCGAAGGACUUCAUCCACUCUGAGCUACUGGCCUAUCUGUACUCAGCCGGUGACCAGGGCAGUUUGAUGGAGGAGUCAGCAGAACAAGCUCAGAGGAGAGACGAGAUGCUGAGGAUGUAUCAUGCUUUGAAAGAGGCCCUAGUCCUCAUAGGAGACAUCAGCACCACCACUGUCUCAACCCCAGUGCCUCCACCGGUAGAUGACAACUGGAUUGCCAAGGACCCAAGUCCUCCACCGGGGUCCCGCCCCACCUCGGCAACAGCGCCCCCUCCUAGCCGACCCCCAGCGGCAAGGGGGCCCACCCCGGGCCCCCCACCCCCUCUAAAUCCCUCACCUGCUUUCGUAGCACCGCCCGUGCCGUCUAGACCCCCAGGCCAGACAGCCUACGCAGGCGAUCUCAACUCUGGUGUGGUGCCUCUUGUCCCUUCCAGGCCGGCCCGUGUGCCUCCUGCACUGCCGCCCGGGAUUCCCAGCAGAAGACCCCCGGCUGCUCCCAACCGACCCACUGUCAUACGUCCAUCAGAGCCCUCCCUGCUUGACUAGAAACAAACACACACACACAUAUAAAAACGCCUUUCUCCUUGUUUACACUUUUAUAUUUCUCUAGAGCAGAUUCUUUUUUUCUCAUGUAUAUUCCUAUAACUACAAACUUUGUCCUACUGUAACUGAUAAUCUGAUGCUGUUUCAGUCUGUGCAUUUCAGAAGCAUUAUGUAUGUAAUUUUGACUUUAUGUGUAGGUAGUUUUUUUUUUAACAAAGAAUAUGAUGACAUUUUCUGCAUUCAGUAUUAUGAAAAGGGAUAAAUUUGAUGAUCUUAUUGACUUUAAGGUUAUGAACCAGCAAGUCACCUUUAAUUUUUUUCAUUUGAAAUGAAAUGUGUCUUAAAACAAUAUUCACAACUUUUAUAUAAUGGUAAGAAAACUAUAUUAGAAGUAAUUCUUCUGGUGAGUUGUGUACUUGUUAACGUUUUUGUCAGUAAUCUUACACACUAAGCACCUCAUUAAGUAAGCAGCACUUUUUUUCUUCUUAGUUGGUAGAUUUUCAAAGCCCACAAAUGAGCUUAUUAAAAUCAGACUGACCAGUGGAAUUUGUAUGCUUCAAUAUUUUUGGCUAAUUACUUUUAUUACAAGAUUUUUCAAACAUAAUAUAGUUAGAUUUCUGUGUUUGUCUUUUGUGGACCAAUUAAAAAUGAGAGAGAGAGGGUGGAAGGGUGUUGGGAGAAAGCACAGCAGCAGUGGGCGUGCAGCAUCUUCCAGAUACUGAUAAUUACAGUCGUUGAGGUGACCUUGACCAGCGAAACGUCCCAACAGUUGCCUCCCACCACCAACGCCUCGAGCAAAAAUCAUUUUGUAAUUACUUCUUAUCACCUUAAAAAGCCAUAAUGAGAAAAAAGGAUCAUGGAGGAGAAAGUGUGUCUCUUUCAGAAGGUGUAUAAAGUGACGGACUGAAUAAAGGAACAGCAAAAGAA